ACAACUCAGUGCUUGCUGAAAUCAUAAGUUCCUUUCUGUAUUGUUUUACGGAAGAAUCCAUUAGAAGAACCAAUAAAUCUUGUGGAAAAUGGCCUUUAGUGAUCUUACAUCGAGGACUGUGCGUUUUUAUGAUAAUUGGAUCAAAGAUGCUGAUCCGAGAGUUGAAGAUUUAUUCCUCAUGUCCUCACCUCUGCCACAAACCAUCAUCUUGGGACUCUAUGUUUAUUUUGUCACGUCUUUGGGACCAAAGCUCAUGGAGAAUCGAAAACCUUUUGAACUCAAGAAAGUGAUGAUAACGUACAAUUUUUCCGUAGUACUCUUUUCUGUGUAUAUGUGUUAUGAGUUUGUGAUGUCUGGCUGGGGGACAGGUUAUUCAUUUGGAUGUGAUAUUGUUGACUAUUCACAGUCACCCAAAGCCAUGAGGAUGGUACACACCUGCUGGCUUUAUUACUUCUCCAAAUUUAUUGAGCUGUUAGACACGAUCUUUUUUGUUCUGCGUAAGAAGAAUAACCAGGUGACUUUCCUUCAUGUCUUCCAUCAUACCAUCAUGCCAUGGACCUGGUGGUUUGGAGUCAAAUUUGCCGCAGGUGGUUUGGGAACAUUCCAUGCCAUGGUGAAUACAGCUGUGCAUGUAGUCAUGUAUACCUACUAUGGAUUGUGUGCAAUGGGGCCAACCUACCAGAAGUAUUUGUGGUGGAAAAAACAUUUGACAUCUUUACAGCUUGUCCAAUUUGUUAUUGUCACCAUCCACAUGGGCCAUAUCUUUCUCAUGGAGGAUUGCAAAUACCAGUAUCCAGUCUUUAUGUACAUUAUUAUGUCAUAUGGGUGCAUUUUUCUGCUCCUUUUUCUUCAUUUUUGGUACUGUGCUUAUACCAAGGGUCAGAGGCCACCAAAAACUAUAAAAAAUGGAAACUCUAAGAACAAACAAUACUAAAAUACAACAGAAGGUGAACCUGUGA